AUGGUUGUGGAUGCCCAGGGCUUCUCAGAUGUGUUCAACAAACUACCUGGAAUAGUGCAGCAACUCCAAGAUUUGGCCAACAACCCCGGCAGUCGAUAUAAUCCACAGCCGAAUAAUGACGCAUUUGAAAUGUCUAUACUGGAUGAUGAUCCGCAAAAUGUUGAAGUGGAGCCUGAUAGUGGACUUGGUUCUUUGGUUUUCCCAUCAGAUAUGAAUGAAAAGUGGAAGAUUUUUGAUGAACGAGUGGCCCAAUUAAGGUCUAAGCCAGAUGACGAAUUCAAAUAUGCGCUUGUCCAUACUGAAAAUGGAGCAAAUCUCUAUGAUCUUGGAAAACCGUUUGAACAAGAAGGUGUGUUUUUUGCCAGCAAAACACUUUUGGCUCGGGCCGUAAACAAUUCUAAGGAAGUGCAUUCCUACGCAGUCCAGGCACUUGAGGCUUUCUUCAGGCAUGAUGUUGCUUUUUUUUGCACCUGCACAGGAUCAAGCAAAGGGCAGUCACCAGAUGGUCAUGCCAGAGCAGGUCUUCCUGACAAGCCCCUUCAAAUUUUUAUUGCUCACUGCAUACGCUUGGCUAGAAAGAAAUCUUGGAAAUUGCAAAAGACUGACAAAGACACCAGAACCUUUCUUGUGCGCAAAAUCAACAUUUUUCUUAACAACCAGAGGCACAACUACGGCUUUGACCCGACGGAGGAGCAGUUGAAAGAGUACAACAAGAAAAUGGGCCGUGGCAGUGAAUUUGCAAAAAAACGCAAAAACAACCCAAGUGCUGAGGAAGAACUGGAGGAAGAUAUAUUGUAG